CAAUCCGCAGAAGAUGCUGGGGAGGCGGCGGAGCAUGAUGAUGCCGCCCACUGUGGCCAAGCUGCACCACUACCGCAGUGCCCUCGGGGCCGUCGACAACAACUCUAAGAAGACCGACUUCACCGUGAGCCACCACUGACCCACUCACUCACCCUUUUGGCACCGAUGGAUGUGUGUGUGUGUGUGUGUGUGUGUCAGGAUCUGUUUGAGGCCCCGCCUGUCACCGACAGCCAGGCGCUCAAGUAUGGCCGGGCACUGCAGGAGGCCGUGACCCUGACAAAGAGGGCAAUGGGUAGGAGUGGGAUGGGAUAGCGACAGAUGAGUGUGUGGAGGAUCUGUUGCGGGCUUGUUGCCCUCUCACUGAGUCAUGUGGAUAUCUCUGUGCGUAUGUGUGUCUGUGCAUAUGGGAGGGCGUGCUGUGACGCACACUGCCACUGUGUCGAUACCGUGAUGAAUGUCUGACCCUCGAGGACUCUUUCGGUGCUGGCCACUCCAAUGACCAGUGAAUUCCUUAGUUGCAGCUUCUGGUCACUGCUUCGUUAGCGUUGAAGAUGUCUGUCGGUGUGCCCGUACCUGUAUCUUUCUCUGCGUCUCUCUCCCGCUCUCUCUCCCACUGAUUUGGAUGGCUGCUCCAUCGGGCUGCUAAUGAUGUGAAGGCCACACAGACUGACCAGCCCUGGCUGCCUUAUAUUUGUGACGACUUACCGCACUCUGUCUGUCUGUCUGUCUGUCUGUCUGUCAGGUGCGACAGCCCGGCUGUGGUCUGCCCGUCUCUCUCCGUGUGGUUUGUUGCCAUUCAUUCGCAUCGACGGCGUGGCUCUGCUGUUUGCCUUCGUGCCACCUGCACAUGAGGCAUGCAGCAGAGCCACGCCAACGAAUGGAUGCGGGAUGCCCCACACGCCACAUAUUCAUCUGCAGACCAGACCGGCUGUGUGGGUGGGUGGGUCAUGACUGUCGAUGGACGCUACAUGCCUCUGUGUGUGAAGGACCGUGUGUAUCAAAUGAG